AUGUCGGUCGAUCCGCGAUUGAGGGCGCGGCAACAACAGCCUUCGCCUGCCCCUCCACCUCCACCGCCACCCCCAGCUGAGCCUACAUCUAUGGGUAUGGACGGCACAAAUGAUGCACACGCGGAGAGCAACUCUGUGCCCGACGAUAAGUUCAAGCUGAAGUUUUGCACCGUGUGUGCCAGUAACCAGAACCGCUCUAUGGAAGCACAUCUUCAGCUAGCCUCUGCACAUCUUCCCACCAUUUCAUUUGGCACAGGAUCACUAGUGCGUCUGCCUGGCCCAACUGCCAUGCAACCCAACGUGUACCACUUCAAUAGUACCACCUACCGUGCCAUUCACGAUGAGCUUGCUCAGCAGAAUACCGCGCUCUACACCCACAACGGCUUGUUGAACAUGCUCGGUCGCAACCUCAACAUCAAAGGCUUCCCCGAGCGCUUCCAGGACUGGGUGCCCGGAAAGCCCCGUCUAGAACAUGCAGAAGACAAGGGAUUCCAAGGAACCGAGUCUGGCGUCGCUGAUGUCGUGAUCACUUGUGAAGAGCGCUGCUUUGAUGCUGUGCUUGAGGACCUCCAUAAUAAGGGUGGCAAGCUUAAUCGCCCUGUCCAUGUCUUCAAUGUUGACAUCAAAGACAACCACGAAGAGGCCCUCGUUGGUGGUAAAGCCAUACUGGAUCUUGCACUGAGUCUGAAUGAGGCUGCUGCCAAAGAACGGGAAGCAUAUGGCGAGAGUGGCUGGGAACAAGGCGGCGGUGCUGCUCGUACAGGCUUUGACGAAAAAGUACCAGAGAUUCUCGCAGCAUGGCAGGAUCGAUGGCCGAACAUGCCUUGCUUUGUGGAAGCCUUGCCUGGUGCUUGA